AUGAGGCUGAAUCCCCUCAAAUGUGCCUUUGCCAUGGAAGCUGGAAAGUUCCUAGGAUUCAUGAUAACUCAGAGAGGGGUAGAAGCUAACCCAGAGAAAUGCCAAGCGAUACUCCAGAUGAAGAGCCCAGGUUGUAUCAAGGACGUCCAAAGGUUGGCAGGGCAGCUGACCUCGUUAUCCCGGUUUCUCGGAGCGUCGGCAACAAAGGCCCUACCGUUCUUUAACCUCUUGAGGAAAGGGAUAGCAUUUGAAUGGACACCCGCAUGCGAGGAAGCCUUUAUGCACUUCAAGGAAAUCCUGGCGGCACCCCCAGUGCUCGGGAAGCCAAAAGACGGUGAGCCGUUAUAUCUAUACCUCGCCAUAACAGGAGAAGCCCUGGCCGCAGUCCUAGUGCGAGAAGAAGGGAGGGCUCAACAACCAAUCUACUUCGUUAGCAGAGCUCUCCAAGGGGCGGAAUUAAGGUACAACAAACUGGAAAAGCUAGCUCUAGCACUCUUGACCUCCUCACGGAGGUUAAAGCAAUACUUCCAAGGUCACCAGGUUGUCGAAAGAACGGACCAGGGAAUCCGGCAAGUACUUCAAAAACCCGAUUUGGCGGGAAGGAUGAUGACUUGGUCCAUUGAACUUUCCCAAUACGACAUACGAUACGAACCCCGGCAAGCCAUCAAGGCGCAAGCGAUGGCAGAUUUUCUAGUAGAAGUAACGGGAGAUCCAACUGAGGGGACAAGCACACGGUGGAAGCUCCACGUGGACGGAGCCUCCAACCAGAUGUCCGGGGGCGCCAGGAUCAUCUUGGAAAGCCCGGUUGGAGUCGUAUACGAGCAGUCGAUCAGGUUCGAAUUCCCCGUUUCAAACAACCAAGCAGAAUACGAAGCCCUCAUAGGGGGCUUAACCCUAGCAGCAAAAGUUGGAGCAACAAGGCUGGAAAUAUGCAGCGAUUCGCAGGUCGUCACCUCCCAAGUAAACGGGAACUAUCAAACCAGAGACUCAUUAUUACAAAAGUACUUGGAAAAAGUCAAGAACUUAAGCCAAAAGUUUGAGGAGGUCACGGUCCACCACAUUCCCAGGGAGAGGAACACACGGGCAGAUCUCCUAUCGAAAUUGGCCAGCACAAAACCGGGAGAAGGCAACCGGUCCCUUAUCCAAGGCAUGACGAGGGAGCCGGCGGUCGCCCUGCAUUUGUCAAGGCUGGGCUCUUCAUGGCUAGACCCCAUCACAAACUUUCUUGAAAAUGGCAAACUCCCUGAAGAUGAAAAGGACGCCGCGAAAUUGAGAAGGGAAGCAGCCAAAUAUGCGGUCAUUCAAGGACAGCUAUUCAAGAAAGGGCUCAACCAGCCCCUACUGAAGUGUUUACACCCCGACCAAAUGGACUACGUCCUCAGAGAAGUCCAUGAAGGCUGUUGCGGACACCACAUAGGAGGCAAAGCCCUAGCAAGAAAGUUAAUCCGAGCUGGAUACUAUUGGCCGACAAUGAUGGCAGACUCUAAAGAAUUCGUCAGAAAAUGUGUCAAGUGUCAAGAGAACGCCAAUUUCCACAGAGCACCGGCCUCCGAGUUAAGCCUGUUAACGUCCUCCCGACCAUUCUCUCAGUGGGGAGUCGACCUCUUGGGGCCCUUCCCAGUUGGUCCCGGGCAAGUCAAGUAUCUCAUAGCCGCCAUCGAUUACUACACCAAAUGGAUAGAAGCCGAGCCGCUGGCAAGCAUAUCCUCAUCCAAUUGCAAGAAAUUCAUGUGGAGGCAGACAGAAGUUCUCCUCGGUAGAGCACCCCAGACAAACGGACAGGUGGAAUCCGCGAACAAGAUUAUCCUGUUAGGGCUGAAGAAGCGAUUGGAUAAUAAAAAAGGUGCUUGGGCCGACGAACUAGCCUCGGUCCUAUGGUCUUACCGAACAACCGAACAGUCUUCCACUAAGGAAACUCCUUUCCGACUGACAUACGGGCUAGAUGUGGUAAUACCCGUGGAGAUCGGGGAACCGAGCCCCCGUCUACUUUUGAAAGGAGUGGAGGAAGCCGUGGAGAAGGACCUAAUAGAUGAAGCAAGAGAAAUGGCCCAUUUGAUGGAAACAGCGCUGAAACAAAGAAUGGCCCUGCGCUACAACACCAAAGUGCUCAAAAGGGAGUUCGAGCCAAACGAUCUCGUCCUAAGGCGUAACGACAUCGGCUUACCGACCCCUGGAGUAGGCAAACUAGCGGCAAAUUGGGAAGGUCCCUAUAGAAUCAAAAAAGUGAUGGGCAAAGGCGCUUUCAAGUUAGAAAGGCUCAAUGGCAAGGAAGUCCCAAGAACAUGGAACGCGGACAACCUGAGAAGAUUCUACUCCUAG